AUGUCUGAACAGUCAAGUGAAUUUUAUUUGAGUUGUCGCAAUAAUAAAAUAGAAAAAGUAAAAGAAUAUUUAACAACAAUAACGGAAGAUGAAAUAAAUCGUCUUGAACCAAAUGGUAGCACUGCUUUGCAUGCGGCUAGUUACAAUGGACACGAUGAUAUUGUUAGACUUUUACUGGACAAGGGAGCUUCAACUACAUUAAAAAAUCGAUAUGGUUAUACAGCUGAACAAGAAGCUAAAACUGAUACGAUAAAAGAAUUAUUUCAACAACGGAAAAAAGCAUUUAUAGUUAAUAAAAUUACAAAUCAAAAAUAUCCAUUAAAUGGUGUAAAACUAGACCCGAACGGUGUUAAUGAUGAACCGAAUACAAUGAAAUUUGGAUCUAUACCACACUCAGCUGCUCAACUUCCGCCAAUUGUCGAUUUGAGAAAAGACUGUACCACCGUUGAAAAUCAAAGACAGAUUAACAGUUGUGUUGGUAACGCUUUAGCCGGUGCCUAUGAAUAUCUAAUCAAAAAAGAAACUGGAAAAGAAAUUGAUAUAAGUAGACUAUUUAUUUAUUAUAAUGCACGUGCAAAUAGAAGUCAAAAUAUACGAGAUGACGGCUGUUAUAUUUCAGAUGCAAUUCAAACAUUAAAAACAAAAGGUGUUUGUAAAGAAGAUUAUUGGCCAUAUAAUCUUGUUCAUGUAAAUACAAAACCAUCAUCAAAUGCAUAUAAAGAAGCUAGUCCAUGUAUAGUUCAGGAUCGAGAAGGAAUUAGAUUAAAAGCUGAUCUUCAACAAAUGAAGCAGUCAUUAAGUGAAGGAUAUCCAUUUACAUUUGGCUUAUUGACAUAUGAUUCAUUUGCUCAAUCAGCUCACAAUGGAGGACAUGUACUGAUGCCAAGUCAAAAGGAUAAACAAAGAGGAGGAGGAGGACACUGUAUGUUAGCCGUGGGCUAUAAUGAUAUGCAACAAAAAUUUAUUGUUCGAAAUUCUUAUGGAACGGAUUGGGGUGACAAAGGAUAUUUAUAUAUUCCAUACGAGUAUAUGAGUAACCCGUACUAUAAUCAAGAUAUAUGGGUUAUAAGGAAAAUUGCACAGGUUAAUCCAGUGCAACACCAGGCUGAAGAGAAAAAACAUCAAGAAUAUGUUAUAAAUAAUUCAUGGUUUUGGAAUGUUGAGAGUAAUUGGAUUAAAAAUAAUUUUCAACAGUUUUAUCAAUUCCAGUAUAAUUUUAAUAUACCGCCACAUUUUAAACAAUUUAAUCACCAUCCUUUGUUUGGUUCAGCUAAUGCUGCUGUUAUGUCUAAAGGUCAAGUACAGCCUCCGGAAACGGCUUCUGAUGACGAUAACUGUUACAUUGAAUGGGGUGAUUAA